UGAUUUGUGUUAUCUUUGCAGCAGAGUAUACUUUUGAAAUGUCAUAAAAUUUUCGUGACUUUAGCAAUUCUGCUAAUUUGUGAACUUCAAUAUUGAAUUGAUCAAGUUUCCCGUAUUCUUCGCGUUUUGCUCGUGUAAGAGGAGAAAAUGCCAUCGAGCAAUCCCCUUCCUCCGAAGGAAAACGCUUUAUUCAAGCGAAUCCUGAAAUGUUACGAGUACAAGCAGUACAAGAAUGGGCUGAAAUUUGCCAAGCAAAUCCUGUCGAAUGCGAAGUUUGCCGAGCACGGAGAAACGUUGGCGAUGAAGGGGCUAACGUUGAAUUGCUUAGGCCGGAAAGAAGAAGCAUAUGAUCUCGUUCGCCGGGGACUCAGAAAUGAUCUGCGGUCCCACGUUUGUUGGCACGUUUACGGAUUGCUUCAACGGUCAGACAAGAAGUAUGACGAAGCAAUCAAAUGUUAUCGUAACGCCUUGAAACACGACAAAGAAAAUAUUCAAAUUUUGAGAGAUCUGUCACUUCUGCAAAUACAGAUGAGAGAUCUCGAAGGUUACCGGGACACUAGGUACCAGCUUUUGAUGCUUCGUCCAAAUCAACGAGCAUCAUGGAUUGGUUACGCUAUGUCGCAUCACUUGCUGGGAGAAUUUGAAAUCGCUUUCGAAAUUCUCGAAGAAUUUCGAAAAACUCAAACGGUGAAAACGGAAUAUGACUACGAGUAUAGCGAACUUUUACUUUAUCAAAACAUGAUCCUCGCCGAGUCAGGAAAAACGACCGCUGCUUUGGCUCACUUGGAAAAACACGAGAGCGGAAUUUGUGAUCAACAAUCUAUCAUGGAAACGAAAGGCUCCUUGUACAUGCAGCUUAGUAGAAAGGGUGCCGCGGAAGAAGUCUUUCGAAAGCUGCUCAGCCGAAAUCCCGACAACAAGGAAUACUACAGGAAGUUGGAAUCAUCUUUGGGACUGGAAGAUGUUGCGACACGUUUGAAGUUUUAUGAGCUGGAGCAAAAGAAGUUCGGACGGGCUUUGCCUCCGAAACGUUUGCCUCUUGAUUUUACGUCCGGAGCAACAUUUGAGAAGCUAGUGAGCGAGUACCUGAAGAGGGCAUUGACAAAAGGUGUUCCCCCGCUCUUCCUCGAUUUGAGGCCUCUAUACAAGGAUGCGGAGAAGGUUAAAAUCAUUGAGAACCUCGUGUUGAGGUACUGUGUUUCACUCAAGACACACGAUUCGUACGACGGUGAGGGCAGUGCGCGAGAACCGGCAACAACAAUCCUGUGGGCAUAUUUCUACCUGUCGCAACACUACGACCAUUUGGGUGAUAUCGAGAAGGCUAUGCAAUAUAUUAACUGGGCGUUGGAACACACACCGACACUUAUUGAACUUCAUGUCUUGAAGGGCAAAAUUUAUAAGCAUGCCGGUGAUAUGGUGGAAGCCUAUCGUUGCUUAGAAGAAGCUCAGUCGCUUGAUAUGGCUGACCGUUAUCUCAAUUCAAAGUGCGCCAAAUACAUGCUCCGUGCCGGCCUCGUGAAGGAAGCUGAAGAAAUGUGUUCGAAAUUCACACGGGAGGGAGUUUCAGCUAUGGAAAAUCUCAACGAAAUGCAGUGCAUGUGGUUCCAAACUGAAUGUGCCAUGGCCUUCAAGCGACUCGGAAAGUUCGGGGAAGCAUUGCGGAAAUGCCACGAAGUGGAUCGACAUUUUUCCGAGAUCCUCGAGGACCAGUUUGACUUCCACACGUAUUGCCUGAGGAAGAUGACACUGCGGUCGUAUGUGGAACUGCUCAAAGUGGAGGACGCGUUGCGUGCGCAUCCGUUUUACUAUCGCGCGGCUCGUUGCGCGAUACAAGUGUACCUGCGACUCCACGACAAACCGCUUCCGCACCCGGACGCCAGUCUCAACGUGGACACCGGUGAGUUGUCUUCG